GUCUAAUAUCAUAGGUAAUAUUAUAGUAGUAUUUUCAAACAUGUUGAAAUAUUAAGUGGAGUCUCGAGAGCUCAUCAUUGAAAUCAUCAGCGGCCAUGUUGAGUCCGAAGAUUCAGCGGUCGGUUCGCGUGAACGAUGGACAGCUGAUAGCGCUGUCUGAACGUGCCCAGUAUGACCACUCACAGGCCGGGUACCUGCACAAGAGGAGUGCGGACAAUGCAAAAUGGCAGCUGAGGUGGUUCAUACUUUAUCAGAACCUGUUAUUCUACUAUGAGUCGGAGAACAACACGCGACCCACUGGGGUUCUGCUGCUCGAGGGCUCGUACUGUGAGAGGCUGAGCAAGGCGCCCAUGGAGAGAAAUGCAUCGUUCUGCUUCACAAUAUCAUAUCGCCGGGAGAGCCAGCGGCAGUACGAGCUACGAGCAGCUUCGGAAGUGGACUGCGCGCAUUGGGUGGACGCCAUCCGGGAGGCGAGCUUCAACAAGCUGUUGCUGCAGAAGGAGGAGCUGGAACAGAAGCAGCUGCAUCUCCUGCAGGUGGUGGAAAGUGAGCGCACGUCACGCUGGCAGUACGCACAGCAGUGUGACGAGCUGAGCAAUGAACUGAAGAAACUCCGAUCUGAGCUUUGUGCCUACAAGAAGGAGCACGAGCCUUCAACCAGAGCCACAUCAACCACAAGCCUGUCACCAACUCUCUCUGAUGAUGUCGACCCCUCCGAGCUGCGCAAGAUUAAAAAAGUGCAGUUUUUUUUGCAGAGUUUCUUUCGGGGCUGGCUCUGUCGUCGACGCUGGAAGCAGAUCGUGGACCAGUACAUCAAGAGUCCUCAUGCAGAGAGCAUGAGGAAAAGAAACAGUCUAGUUUUCAAAAUGGUGGAAGCCGAGGAAGAAUAUUUGGAACAAAUGGAAAUCUUGGUUACGUGCUUCCUGCGUCCGUUCAAGAUGGCAGCUAGCUCCAAGAAACCGCCGUGUACCCACGAGGAUGUCAACUCUAUAUUCUUAAACAGUGAGACCGUGUUGUUCUUGCACCAGAUAUUCUUCAAGGGUCUCACCUCGAGGAUGGAGUCGUGGCCAACCCUUGUUUUGGGAGAUCUAUUCGACAUGCUGUUACCCAUGCUUACCAUCUACCAGGAGUACGUGAGGAACCACCAUUACUCGCUGCAAGUGCUCACUGAAUGCAAGCAGGCUCAGCCAUUCACCCAUCUUCUGGCUCGCUUGGAGAGCAAGUCAGCUUGCCAAGGUCGAUCGCUGGAGACUUUCCUCACAUAUCCCAUGCAUCAGAUUCCCCGGUACAUCAUCACACUGCACGAGCUGCUGGCACACACUCCUCACGACCAUGUUGAGCGCCGUAGCCUUCAGCACGCCAGGGCUCAACUUGAAGAGCUCUCCAGACAAAUGCAUGAUGAGGUUAGCGAAACAGAAAAUCUUCGUAAAAACUUAGCUGUGGAGAGGAUGAUAAUUGAAGGAUGUGAUAUUCUGCUAGAUGUUAACCAAGUGUUUAUUCGGCAAGGGACGCUUUCGCAAGUGGUUGGUAAGGGUCGUCGUGCUACGUUACAGUCUAGACAAGCCUUCCUGUUCAGCAACCAUCUCCUGCUGACCACCCGAGCAGCUGGAGGACGUCUCCAUCUUCCACCAUCAGGGAGGCUGCCACUGCACGAUGCGCUGUUGAUCGAGGACCCCUCCAACCAUGACGAUGACGACACGACUUCUGUUUGUUCUUCGCCUGGAGGAGACAAUUAUCAAGGGAAAGAUUUUAAGAUCCUCGUCGAAGUGAAGGGCGAACAAAUUUAUGCGCACCUGGUUGCCGCUACUCUUGAGGAGAAGGCGGCGUGGACUAGCGAGCUGGCACAGUGCAUGGAGAGUGCAGCGCUGACAGAGCUCCUGCGGGCCUGUGGCUCCUGCGGCACAGCAUCAGCAAGUCUCCCCGCCUGCAGAUCUGACCGAGCCCUGUUCACAGACGACGUCGACAUACGCUUCAGCAGGACUUUAAACUCGUGCAAAGUCCCGCAGAUAAGAUCCGCGACACCGCAGCGCUUGCUACAGAGACUCACUGAUCUCCGGUUCCUGUCAGUUGAUUUCUUAAACACGUUCCUGCUAACCUAUCGCGUGUUCACUGAUGGCGUCACGGUGCUGGAGGCUCUGAAGCAAGUGUUCUACGAGCAGUCACAGCAGGAGCUGGAGCUGUUGCCGCCGCCUGAUGCCACCAGGAAGACCAGUGCUGCCAGCACUGUGUCUGGUUACGGUUCUGAGUACAGCGAAAGAGAUUGGCAGACCAGAUUCUGGCGAACUACACGAGGAAAAAGUGAAGACGAUGAUAAGCUCUCGCCGUACUUAAUGGCACCAUCAAGACGCCCCUCAGCCGUUGGCAAGACUGAGGAGGACAACAGUCAUCUAACCAUACCGAAGAUAAUGGCGACGUCCUCCAGCAAUGAAACUCUCAAAGGCACCGCUACAACAGCCACAGGUACAUCACCAUCAUCUCCUGGAGCUAUAAGUUCGGUGACACUAGUCGGCAGUCCAAAACAUGUGAGCCCCGAACACACGGUGACGUCAACCAAAGAUUCACCAACAAGGAUAAAAGAUAAUGACAGGGCUGCUGCUCUCAUGAAAGAUGAGAGUAUAGAGCUGGUGGAUCAAAGUGACGAGGAUAUUAAAUAUAAAGAGGAGGAACAAGAGAAACACAAACCCAAAAAUCAGAUGUAA